AUGGGUUAUGCAUGGAGUGGAGGUGGGCGAGGCAUCAUUCGUGUAGAAAUAUCAACGGAUGGUGGUGAAACAUGGCAGCCAGCUGAACUGAUACAUGAUCCUGAUCAGGACUUGGAUCAUAUGUGGUCAUGGACAUUUUUCAAAGCAGUCAUAAAAAUUCCAGAAAAAAUAAACAAGUUGGAUUUGGUCUGUAAAGCCACAGACCGUUCCUAUAAUACGCAGCCGGAAACAAUUCGGGGUAUCUGGAAUGUUCGUGGUCUGAUAAAUAAUUGUUGGCAUCACGUCCCAGUAGAAAUUGUUGAUGACUGA